AUGAUGGAGGAUACGUAUAAUACACGAUUUUGCCACACCAAAAAUGAAUAUUUUCAAUUCGAGCUCCGAAACCAUUAUAAACCGAUCGAUCCGCUCAGGAAUUACUUGAAUUACUUAUUAACUCGAGAACCGUUGGAGAGGCUAAUUUCCGGAUACGUUAACAAAUGCCUGGGUCUAAAAACGAUGUCCGACCAGGGGUGGGCUCCGAUUGAAAAUUUGACCGUUGAAGAUGCCCAUUUUGCGCCGCAGAAUUGGCACUGUGAGCUAAAGCAACACUACAUGGACUACAAAAUCCUCCGCUACUCCCCGGUGGCUACCGGUCGGCUGCUGGAAGUGAUGUUGGCAGAUUUUAACAAAUUCAGCAUGGACAUGAUGCUUGGGAACCUGACGUUCCAGUUUCCGGGCAGCCGGCUGGAGCGCGAGCGGAAGCCGAAAUGCGCUCGGUGCCGGAACCAUGGAUUUGUGUCGUGGCUGAAGGGGCAUAAGCGGCACUGCAAGUUCAAGGAUUGCACUUGCGAGAAAUGCGCUUUAAUCGUGGAACGGCAGCGGGUGAUGGCAGCACAAGUUGCCUUGAAGCGGAAGCAGGCGGCGGAGGAUGCGAUUGCUCUAGGACUUCGCGUUGUAGCUGGCCAAUCACUAAACCGGCUUCCACAAGGCCCAGUAUGGCUAGAUGGUGAAGAAAACGAAGAUGAGGAUGAUGAGCAGGAGUCAGCAGACGCAGAAGCCCUAGACGACUCGAAAAGUGAUGAUCAACAUCAUUGCGCUACUCCAAAGAUCGAUCUGGACAAGGAGGGAACCGAUACUUCAGAAGAAAUCUCACCUCCACCCUUGAAAAAGAAGCUUACUGAAAAACGUGAAUCCCGUAAAGAAAAACCACGCCAGGGCCGCUUCAAUCCCCUUGAACUUCUUGGCCAUCUGUUUGAAGAUCAGGAAAAGCGGGUUUUAGAAGUGGUGCUGGAAGGAUGCGCUGGAGAUGUUCUUCAGGCAAUCGAGCAUUUCGUGAGCGCCAGAAAAUUCAAAUCCGAACCGUUGCCGGAAAGUUUGCGAUCUCCUGUCCCUAGUAUGCAACAUCCUCAGUUGCCCGACUUCUCGCCUAUACUCCCAAAAACACCAACAUUCUCGAUGGAAUCCCUGCUCGGGCCCUCACUAAAUUCCCUCCACACCAUGCGACCCCCAUUCCCCAUCCAAUGGCCCCUGUUUCCAUUCCCCCAAUUAAACUUGGCAAAUUUCCGCCAGUUUGCCCAGAGCGAUGCCUGCUCGAGCAAGUCGACCAGCCCCAAUACGAGUGUA